AAUUUGCUGCUAUGCUGAUACUUGUUGAUACUUGUGUAUACAUGUUGAUUUUAAAACAUGUCAGGUAGCCGUUAAAGUUUAUUUGAAUACACGGGAGAAAAACGUAAAAUAUGAAAGAACGAUGAAUAAAACUUCAUGUAUUUUGAGUCACAGAAUUAUUUUAUAAAUCGGAGUUUUGAUAUUUUACGUUCUGUUACGUAAAUUCCUCUCUCGGACUUAGAUAGGUUACUUUUUUAAAUGGAAAAGGCGGCGAUUAAUUCGCCAAAUACAUGUCAAAACGGUAAUAAUCAAAUCUCUGAGACGGACGAUGAAAAUGUUUGCGCAAACUAUAAUGACUCAGAAAAUGGACGUGAAAUUCCAUUUGGAGAGCGUACUCCGCAACAAUCGUCAACAAGCAAACAAAUCGACAAUUCCAUAUUUAAUACCAUAUCGAAGAUUGUUAACCCUACAACAAAGGUACCAGAAAUUCAAGAUUUCAAAAUUGUGAAACCUAUAAGUCGUGGAGCAUUUGGUAAAGUAUUUCUUGGUUACAAAAGAUCAAAUCCUGAGCAGUUAUAUGCGAUUAAGGUGAUGAAGAAAAACGAAAUGAUAAAUAAGAACAUGGCCUCACAGGUGAUAAUCGAGAGAAAUGCAUUGGCAUUAACGCAUAGCGCUUAUUGUGUUCAGUUAUUUUAUUCACUGCAAUCUGUUAGCAGUGUCUACUUAGUAAUGGAAUACAUGGUGGGUGGAGAUCUUAAGAGCUUGCUGGGUAUGUAUGGUUACAUGGAAGAGUCCAUGGCAGCAUUUUAUACAGCAGAAGUAUGCCUUGCAUUAGAAUAUCUUCACUCUCAUGGAAUUGUACAUAGAGAUUUAAAGCCGGAUAACAUGCUUUUGUCAAAAGAGGGACACGUUAAGCUCACAGAUUUUGGGCUUAGUAAAAUAUCGUUGCACAGAGACCUUGAGAUAUCUGAUCUAGUAAAUUGUACUCCUAGCCUUUGCGCUAGAACUCCUGGACAACUACUCUCGCUGACCUCCCAUUUGUCUUUUGGCUCUGGACAGAGGUCUAGAAGCGAAUCCAGUCUCAGUGAUAAAAGCACACCCGGUGUUAAUUUACUGUCUGCUUUACAACGAAAUUGUACAAGAAUGCAGUCGUCGCCUAAUUCGUUAUAUUCUUCUGCUACUACAUCAGACGACUACUCUCGCGUAUCUGGCAUUACUCCUUUCCAAUCUGCCGAGGAUCUUCAGUUGGGAGUACGUAUAGGGAACAAUUGUAUAUUGGAAAAUGACGAAGAAAGUAGUUCAGGAAGUUAUCACACGUGUGAGGCUUCUUCGAUUCGCGUCAAUAGUCAGCUUAAUCAUAAUCUAGUCGAAGAGGAAGAAGACGAAUCGACGUUAGAAGCUGAACAAUCUCAGCAACCCGUUAUUCACACUAGUCCGCUGAGUACAUGCAUAAGCACGCUUACUAGAGGUUCGAAAAGAAAGAGGACCGUAACAGGAACAACUGGUCUAACGAGCGAAAUAAGCGCGAUGGAUCUUGACGUUGACAAAACCCCAAAAAGAAAGAAUCGUGGUUCUAUAUUUUCCAGAAGUCCGAUGAAUUCUAGCAAUUCUGAAUCAAUUAAACCAGGGAGUAACGUUAGCAAUGUAACUGGAGGACAGGAAAAUGGGUCAGGAGGUAGAGUUGCAUUCAGUACGCCAGUAUCGUCUACGAAACAGAGAUGUAAUAGCGAAGAAAAGGAAGAGAAAUCUGAAGAGGAAACGGCGCCUUUGAUCAAAACUACAAGAUUUCAACUUCCACCCACUCUCAAGUCGAAUUCAGCUCCUGAGGUACCUAUGGACGAUAGUUCAAAGGAACAUCGUUCUCCUCACGAUAUAUCACCUAUAAAGACACCAGCAAAUUCAGGCAACUGUUAUACGCCUUAUCGCACCCCAAAAUCGGUAAGAAGGGGUGCUCAAACUGGAGCGAAUCGGUCGGACGAUCGUAUACUUGGAACACCUGAUUAUUUAGCUCCAGAAUUGCUUCUGAAGCAAGGCCAUGGUCCUGCAGUAGACUGGUGGGCCUUGGGUGUAUGUCUCUUUGAAUUUUCCACCGGCGUUCCACCUUUCAACGACGAAACACCGCAGGCUGUAUUUGCGAAUAUUCUGGCAAGGGACGUUCCUUGGCCAGAGGACGAAGAAGCAUUAUCAGCACAAGCUACGCAAGCCAUAGACGCUCUGCUCACUUUAGAUCAAAAUGAGCGGCCUUCUGCCACGGAAGUAAGAGCUAUGAAACUUUUCGAGGAGUUCCCUUGGAACGAACCGAUCAAAGCGGUGCCACCUUUUAUUCCGCAACCGGACGACAACUACGAUACUUGUUAUUUUCAAGCACGGAAUAUUAUGCAACAUCUGAACGUGAGCAACUGCGACACGUAGCAUCAACUGGAGCGUCAAUGAUCUAAUUGAAAACUGUUCAAACGUUGCCUGCUUUGCGACAGGAGUAAUGCAAUAUAACGAAGGAAUUGUUAAAUUGUAAAACUAUUUUUUAUAUAAUUGUAUAUGGAUAGUAUACUAUAAAAUAUUUUAUUACAAUUUAUAA